UUGAACAGUAUCCGUUGCCUGCUCUCGGACAAUGUGGUUCUGGUACAGCGCGACAUCCUGGACUUCCUCGUCCUGGCCCUGCCGGUGCACGUAGCCUCCGCCGCCUCGCAGACAGAAAAUCGCCAGCACCCCCUAAAAAUUACUUCAGAUGAGAUGAGUUCUGUAGUGUGUUCGGCGCUCAGCGUGCUCCUGCGACGAGAUGCCUCCCUGAAUCGUCGUCUCUUCAUGUGGUUGCUGGGCGGCCAGAUUGUUGAGUCUCCUGACCUCGCAGAUGAUCAUCGCACCAACUGCUACACCGUCAGCAGUCCCAGCACCAAUGCCGCGAAUCCGAUCACUACUACCACAGCCAACUGCUACACCGUCAGCAGUCCCAGCACCAAUACCACCACCAAUCCCACCACAACCAAUUGCUACACCGUCACCAGUCCCAACACAAAUACCAUCAACCCCACCACCACAGCCAACUGCUACACCAUCACCAGC